AUGAUCGCCGCCCGCUGCCUGCCGCGCCCCGCCACGCGCGCAUCGACCUCGUCCAUGAUCAGCGUCGCCGCCCUCCCGAGGAGGACCUUUGCCACCUCCCGCGUCGACCUCGCAAGCACCCUCCUCUUCCUCGAGCACAAGAAGGGCGUCUUCAACGCCACCUCUCUCGCCGCCGUCACCGCAGCCCAGAAGCUCGGAGGCGACAUCCACGGACUCGUCGUCGCCGGCGAGGACGCCGCAGAGGAGGUUGCAAACAAGGCGGCAAAGAUCUCGGGCCUGACAAAGGUUCUCUACAGCAAGCACAAGGACUUUGCCUCGCUCCUCUCGGAGCCCGUUGCGCCUCUGAUCAAGUCGCUCGUCGACUCCAACAAUUACACCCACGUCGUCACCGGACACACGGCCGUCGGCAGGGACAUUUUCCCGCGCGCCGCCGCGCUCCUCGAUUCGUCCCAGGUCAGCGACAUCAUCGACCUCGAGGGCGAGGACGUCUUUGUCCGCCCCAUCUACGCCGGCAACGCCAUCGCCACGGUCAAGGCGACCGACAAGGUCAAGGUCUUCACCGUCCGAGGCACCGCAUUCGAUGCCGCUUCCACCGAGGGCGGCAGUGCGACCGUCGAGGAGGUGGCUGCGCCCGGCGCAGAGGCGCUGACCGACUUUAUCGAGGAGAAGGUGUCCGAGUCGUCGCGCCCCGACCUCGCCACGGCGCCGCGGGUGGUUUCCGGCGGCCGUGCGCUCAAGUCGGCCGACAACUUUGUCAAGUACAUUGAGCCGCUGGCCGAUGCGCUCGGUGCCGCUGUGGGAGCCUCGCGCGCCGCCGUCGAUGCCGGAUACGCCGACAACGCGCUCCAGGUGGGACAGACGGGCAAGAUCAUCGCUCCCGAGCUCUACAUGGCCAUUGGCAUCUCGGGCGCCAUCCAGCACCUUGCCGGUAUGAAGGACUCGAAGACGAUUGUCGCCAUCAACAAGGACGCCGACGCCCCCAUUUUCCAGGUGGCCGACCUUGGUCUCGUCGCCGACCUCUACGAUGCCGUGCCUGAGCUGCUUGAGAAGGUCAAGGCCUGA